ACUUGUCUUCUCCUUCUUUUGAUUUAGAAAAUGGUGAUUAUUAUUAUUAUAUCUCUCUCCGAAAAAAUUGGUGCUUCUCAUUUCAUAACCACAUUAUCCGCUUUGACUCAUCACGAGAUCAAUGAUUACCAUUUUUCGAAUCCAAUCUUUCAAAAUGUAUUCCUUCUAGGGUUUUCGGUGAUUGUUUGUUGGGGAUGAUCAUUUACCAUUUUUCGACUUAAUCCAUCGGAGAAUUCAAAUCCCAGAAAUACCGAGCUUUUGAGGUUUUUGAAGCGUUCCUUAUAUGAUUGAAUGGGAACUUCAUGUGAAUGCUUUCCCAACAGGCACAAGGUUUUAGUCUGCUGACUUUGAAACCGGGAUGCUGAAGUUAUUCUGCUAACCAUUCUUAGUACUGUCAAGAUUUGAACUGUCGUCAAGAGUUCUAAGGACUACAAGAAGUUCUUGUCAAGAACCUAUAGAGCUAUGGGCUCUGAUAAGCAUUCUGCUCGUUUUCUACAUAACCUCAAGAUGGAGAGGGUCAGAACGAUCCUAACCCAUACUUACCCUUAUCCCCAUGAGCAUUCACGUCAUGCUAUGAUUGCUGUGAUUUUGGGUUGCUUGUUCUUUAUUUCGUCGGAGAACAUGCACAGCCUCGUAGAAAAGUUGGACAAUAAUUUCAAGUGGUGGUCCAUGUAUGCCUGCUUGCUUGGCUUUUUCUAUUUCUUUUCAUCUCCAUUCAUCAGAAAGACUAUCCGACCAAGCUACUCAACCUUCAGUCGGUGGUACAUUGCUUGGAUUUUAGUUGCAGCUUUGUACCAUCUCCCAAGUUUUCAGUCAAUGGGUUUGGAUUUGAGGAUGAAUUUGUCCUUGUUUCUAACAAUUUACAUAUCAUCCAUAGUCUUCCUUCUUGUCUUUCACAUUGUUUUUCUUGGGCUUUGGUAUAUUGGUCUUGUUUCUCGUGUGGCUGGAAGACGCCCUGAGAUCUUAACCAUUCUUCAAAGUUGUGCUGUUCUUAGCAUAUCGUGCUGUAUUUUCUACAGCCAUUGUGGUAAUCGUGCUUUUCAGAGGCAAACACCCCUCGAAAGAAGGCAUGCUAGCCGGUUUUCAUUAUGGAAAGGAGAAGAUGGAAACAGUACUUGGCUUGUGAAAUUUACUCACAUUGAUGAGCUAAGAGACCAAGUCUGCUCAUCAUGGUUUGCUCCUGUUGGAUCUGCACGUGAUUAUCCACUAUUGUCCAAAUGGGUCAUUUAUGGGGAGUUGGCAUGCAAUGGGUCUUGUCCUGAUUCAUCUGAUGAAAUUUCUCCUAUAUACUCGUUGUGGGCAACGUUUAUUGGCCUUUACAUUGCUAAUUAUGUAGUGGAGAGAUCAACAGGGUGGGCUCUGGCACAUCCUCUGUCUGUCGAAAAUUAUGAGAAGUUGAAGAGGCAACAAAUGAAACCUAAUUUCUUAGAUAUGGUUCCUUGGUAUUCAGGAACUUCAGCUGAUUUGUUUAAAACUGUGUUUGACCUCCUCGUAUCAGUGACUGUCUUUCUUGGCCGCUUUGACAUGCGAAUGAUGCAGGCUGCAAUGACCAAAGAUUGUGAUGGAAACAAAAGCAAGGAACUUUUAUAUGAUCACUUUACUGAUAAGACUGACUUCUGGUUUGACUUUAUGGCGGAUACUGGUGAUGGUGGGAAUUCAUCAUAUUCUGUCGCGAAACUUCUAGCUCAGCCUUUUAUCAAAGUCCCGCUAGCUAAUGAUUCUAUAUCUCUAGAAAGGGGUAACAUACUGCUUAUUGGGGGAGAUCUUGCAUACCCCAAUCCAUCAGCGUUUACAUAUGAAAAACGUUUAUUUUGUCCUUUUGAGUAUGCGCUCCAACCUCCCCAUUGGUAUAAAACGGACUCAAUUUCUGUUAACAAGCCUGAAUUACCUGAUGGGGUGUCUGAUCUGAAGCAUUAUGAUGGUCCUCAAUGCUUUCUUAUCCCUGGAAACCAUGACUGGUUCGAUGGACUUAAUACUUUUAUGAGGUAUGUAUGCCAUAAAAGCUGGUUGGGUGGCUGGUUUAUGCCCCAGAAGAAAAGCUAUUUUGCCCUGCAGCUACCUAAAGGAUGGUGGGUGUUUGGUUUGGAUCUUGCGCUUCAUGGUGAUAUUGAUGUGUACCAGUUCAAUUUCUUUUCUGAAUUAGUGAAGGAGAAGGUUGGGGAGAAUGAUGCAGUGAUCAUUAUCACACAUGAGCCGAACUGGCUUCUUGAUUGGUAUUGGAAACACGAUACUGGAAAGAACAUGAGGCACCUGAUAUACGACUUUUUGAAAGGCAGGUGUAAACUUAGAAUGGCAGGAGAUUUGCAUCAUUAUAUGCGUCAUUCAUGUACUCAAUCAGAUGGACCUGUUCAUGUCCCACAUCUCCUUGUUAAUGGCUGUGGAGGGGCUUUUUUGCAUCCCACCCAUGUAUUCCGCAGCUUUUCAAAGUUUUAUGGUGCUUCUUAUGAAAGUAAAUCUGCUUAUCCUUCUUUUGAUGAUUCAAGCAGGAUUGCUUUGGGAAAUAUUUUAAAGUUCAGGAAAAAGAACUGGCAAUUUGAUUUCAUUGGUGGCAUCAUAUACUUUCUCUUGGUCUUUUCCUUGUUCCCUCAGUGUAAGCUAGGCCAUAUCUUACGAGGUGAUUCAUUUUCUGGCCACCUGGGGAGUUUCUUUGGCACAGUUUGGAGCUCCUUUGUGUACGUAAUAGAGCAGUCGUAUGUGUCUUUCACCGGUGUUCUUAUGUUGCUAAUAACUGCAAUUAUGUUUGUACCCUCAAAAAUAUCUCGAAGGAAACGACUGUUAAUUGGAAUUCUUCAUGUUUCUGCACACCUGACGGCUGCUUUGAUUCUUAUGUUGCUGUUGGAACUCGGCAUAGAAAUCUGUAUUCAGCAUAAGCUCCUUGCGACCUCCGGGUAUCAUACAUUGUAUCAGUGGUAUAAAUCAGUAGAAAACGAACACUUUCCAGACCCUACCGGCCUUCGAGACCGUAUUGAACAGUGGACGUUGGGAUUUUAUCCCGCCUGCAUCAAGUAUCUUAUGUCAGCAUUUGAUAUUCCCGAGGUGAUGGCGGUUACACGGACUAACAUUUGUCGAGAAGGAAUGGAGUCGCUUUCUCGAAGCGGAGCAGCCAUCUAUUAUGCUUCUGUCUUCCUUUACUUCUGGGUCUUCUCAACUCCUGUUGUAUCUUUGGUUUUUGGAAGUUACUUAUAUAUAUCCAUCAACUGGCUUCACAUACACUUUGAUGAAGCAUUUUCUUCACUUCGGAUCGCCAAUUACAAAUCAUUCACCCGUUUCCACAUCAAGCCUGAUGGAGACCUUGAAGUCUUCACCCUCGGAGUGGACAAGGUGCCAAAGGAAUGGAAGCUAGACAAGGACUGGGAUGCAGAGCCGAGAUCGAUUGUGAAAAUGAGUCAUCACAGAAGGUUUCCAAGCAAAUGGUGUGCAACAACAUUGCAGCAGGAUCCUGUCAACACCGUAAAGAUCGUAGAUCAUUUUGUUAUUCGUAAAUCAGAGAAAGAAAUUGGAGGAUGUUAGAUAGAAUCAGGUUCAUCACUGAUCCUUUCCUAUUUUAGAAUGUAGUCUGUAGCGUUCCCAGCUUUAUGAAUAGGGUUUGAGAUGAAUAAUGCUUCUUAUGAGAGUGAUGACAAAUAAAUCAUAUUAUAGUUAACAAUUUAACAGCUCA